AUGAACGAGGUCUGCGGGGACGGUGGCGAUUACUUCCCGUUGCCGCCGGAUGAAGCUGAUUGUGCGAGUGUUCUGAGGAGUAUUGCCAACGGCGGCGGGGAAGCGCAGUGCUCGCCCGGGCUUGGGUCUCCGGGAGAAGGGUCCGGUUCGGGUCGGCAGAAUGUUGAGGGGAAUAAUAGCGAGGGUGGGGUCUUCUCAUCAUCAUCCGAUGACGAGGAGGGCUCAUCGGCAGAUACAAAGAAGGGUUUGAAUCUGAAGCGGAAGAGAAGAACUCGGGAGAAGAUCGAGCAUUUCGUCGAAAGGUUAGUGAUGGAAGUGAUGGACAAGCAGGAGCAGAUGCAUGCACAACUUAUAGAGAUGCUGGAGAGGAGAGAGCGGGAGAGAAUCAUGAGAGAAGAAGAUUGGAGAAAGCAGGAAAUGGAGAGGAAUAAAAGAGAAGCAGCAGCCAGGGAAGAGGAAACCUCGCGUAACCUAGCACUCAUUUCCUUCAUCCACAAGGCACUGGGUGGCGGUGAUGGAGACAUCAAAAUUUCUGAACAACUUGCUGCCAUUUCGCCAGAUCAAGCAAAAGAUGUAAUAUUUGCCACUCCAUGUGAAGAUAAAGGAAGAUGGUCUGAAGCCGAGAUAAAUGCACUGAUAACUCUCCGAACUCCAAUCGAGCCGAAGUUCCGAAUCGUGGGACCCAAGUGUUCUUAUUUAUGGGAUGGGAUAUCUGCUGGGAUGAAGAAAAUGGGCUUUAACAGGAGUGGGAAGAAAUGCAGCGAGAAAUGGGAGAACAUGAACCACUACUAUAAGAGAUCGAUGGAGAAUAGAGGGAAGAAGGGGUUCAACAGUAACAAGGUUCCUUACUUUCAUGAACUCAAACUUCUGCACGAAAAGGAGGGAUUCAACUCCUACAUUACCGCCAAUCAGACAACUCGGGAUGCCAGUGCUGACGAUGUGAUAGAAAAUCAGCUCGGAAGCUGAAGCUUUUGCUACAAGCUUGGCCAAAUCCUUUCUUCUUAUAUAAUUAACUAACCAGACAGGAUAUACUGAGAAACAAAUACAGUAGUAGAACAGACACAAAAAGUGAUGAAGGAUGGAUCCUUUCGUUUUCUCCUUAUGCUUGCUAUCUUUCUUGUGAUGUGUUAAGGGUUAAAUGCAAUGCAGCUUGAUGCACGAGUCGAUUUGGCCGAUCUCCUACCAGACGAAAAGGGCAAGGAUGAAGGAGUAGAUAAGGGUGGAGAGAGGGACGAGGGAGAGGAUGAAAGCCAAGAUAGCAGGAGGUUGUGGAGCCAUGUAGAGUGGGAAGAUGAAGAGAGAUGAUAGUAGAAGAGAGGCCAUGAGAAAUGAACACACAAUUGUAGAGCCUGAAAUAUUGCUGCUAUCCAUCUCUCUUCUUUUUGUUUUAGAAGUUCCUCUCUGGUCAAUUUUGGGGUGAAGCUGAAAGAUGGAGAAGGUAUAUGUCUGUGAGCAGGGACAGCUAAUUCUGUAAAGGGAGUUACAACAUGGAUGGGAAUUUUGCAUUAAUGAAGAGAUGGAAAUUGUUCAGCAGUUACAGAAUUGGGGAGAUUUAAGGAUGGUUUCAACGAGUUCAAUGCAUUUCUCUUACUUUCUAAUCUCUUUUAUAUACUUGCCAAUUCAUUAAAUUUGUAUGGGGAGGGAGGUUAAUUUAGGGUGUGGAAAUUGUGGGAUUUGAGCUAUGUACGAAAGAUUUAGGUAUCAGUCUAUCUCGAUGAUUCGGGUUUCUAGAAGCUCGUCCAACAUUCAAUUUCGUAUUAUUUUCGUAAAA